CAGACGACGCACAGAGGCUUUGGGUUAAGUCACAUCCUAAAAAUUUUCAUCACUGCACAUGAACCUUGAGGCUAUGGCCAGAUGAAUCACACCACAGCACUGAGCAGUUGCUGGUGAUGUGGACUCAUUUUUGAGGAGUUUCCACCAGGCUUCCUUCUGCAGUCCACGGGCGCCUCUACCGGACUCGUUCUGCAACUUGGGCGAAGAAUUUGAAGGUGGCUGCUGCUCGUUGGCACAUCAGUUCCUCUCUGGAGAUGCUCGGACAGCCGUUGCAUCUUCCAAUCCAAUUAGGCUUCUCCGAAGUUGAAUUUGGACAUCGGGUUUUGCAACCCAUGUGUAACCACUGUCCUAAAAGUGGCUCUCUUUUCCUCUGGUAAAAACAGAGAAAGCAUCUGGUGCUACAUCUCAGCAAACAUCUUUCCAACGGCAAGUCCACUGGCUUGUGAUUCCUGGUUUGAGUGACAGUUUCUUUUCUCCACAACAUGACGGACCAAAGCCAUCUCUCCUUCUCCUCCUCCUCUUCCUCCUUCUCGUCCUCUUCCUCCUUCUCCUCCCCUCCUUCUUCAUUCCCUACUUCUGCCUUCCAGCCACCUCUUGGCUCAGUCCACGGCCAGCGGUCCUGCUCCCUCCUGACUGCCACUGAGGACUUCAACAUUGUCCUGUAUCAUUACAACCUUACCGGACGGCUGAGCCACCGGCGUCCUGAGGAAGACCACUUCGAUGUCCUCAAGAUCAUCAUCCUCGCCGCCAGCUGCCUCAUCAUUCUGGAGAACCUGGUGGUCCUGCUGGCCAUCGUCUUGAAGGUGAAAAGCCGACGUUGGAUCUACACCUGCCUCGCCAGCAUCUCCUCCAGCGACCUGCUGGCCGGGAUCGCCUACCUGAUCAACCUCUGCCUGUCGGGAAAGACAACCUUCCAGCUGUAUCCCUACAUGUGGUUUCUCCGCGAAGGCAUCCUUUUCAUCGCCUUGGCCGCCUCCACCUUCAGCCUGCUGGUGACGGCCAUCGAACGCUUCAGCGCCAUGGUGAGGCCCAUCGCGGAAAGCGAGUCCAUCAAGACCAACCGUCUUCGGAACUGCAUUUUCUUCUCCUGGUUCUUGGCCUUCGUGAUCGGCCUGCUUCCCCUGCUCGGGUGGAACUGCAUUUGCGACGUGCCCCGCUGUUCCACCUUGCUGCCUCUGUACGCCAAGAACUACAUCCUCUUCACGGUCGUCAUGUUCAGCAUCAUCCUGGUGGGCGUGGUGAGUCUCUACUGCUCCAUCUACUGCUGGGUCAGGAGAAGAGCCAAGAUGGGCUUCUCCAACGGAGGCCGAAAGAGGUCCCUGCGGCUGCUGAAGACGGUGUUGCUCAUCCUGUUCACCUUCCUGGUUUGCUGGAUCCCUCUCUUCCUCCUGCUGCUGAUCGACAUCUUCGACAGGAGCAAAGCCCUGAGGCUGCAAAAGGUCUUCGGGUGGUUUGUGACUUUGGCGGUUGUCAACUCGUUCGUCAACCCCAUCAUCUACUCUCUGAAAAGCAAAGAGGUGAGGAGAGCCGUGGUGGAGCUUCUCUGCUGCGGCUGCAUCUUGGCAGGGUGGCAAGGUCCCAGCGGCUGUCUCGCCCCCAGCGACCAUCUCCCCAGCUCUUCCACAGAGGUGGGCAGCUCCCUGAAGGUGCGCGAGAGCUUCCGCAGCCCGGUGAUACAGAAGCGGAGCGCCAGGAAAGAACCUCUUUCCAGCAAUUCCAGCGUGUUGAGCGCUUUGGUGGUCAGCGACGGUCCCGGCCAACCUUAACUCCCAGGGUUAGGAGAUGGUCUUCUGCAACAUACUGAGACCUGGGAUGGCUGAUGGCCGAAGUGCACGAGGGAGUUGCUCGGUCCACUGCCCUCUAAGAUGACCAGUGGUCAGCAAAGGCCUGAAAUGCAAAAGACGUCCAGUUCUGAGCGAGUCUUCCUUGGGCAACCUCAAUUUCACACGUUCUGAAGAGGUUCCUUAUUCCUGACUUCCCUGGCUGGUGUCGUGGCUUCCUUCCUUUUCAUCCUGUUGUUUGGCCUUGGCUUCUGACACAACCCUUCGUUGUCACUGACUGGUUUCUUGUAGGAACACAAUCUUGAUUUCUCUGCAGGAAAGCAACUGACUCUCAAAAGCUGGACCGGCAUAUUAUGUUACUGCAUACACACAGAAGUCUUCUCACAAUUCUGAUCAAGAGGAGAAAACUCCAUUCAGAAAAGAGGAAACAGGCAGUCCUCGACUUACGACAGUUCUUUUGGUGACCGCUCAAAGUUAUAACAGUACUGAAAAAAGUGACUUAGGACGGUUUUUCAUGCUUACGACCGUUGCAUCUCCAUGAUCACAGGACCAAA